CCAACAACAAGACGUCACUUGCGUGUGUUGCCCCGUUCUGUAACACGGGUUGAUGUCUAGUGCUGAUUUUUGGAGCUGUUUCAUUUUGUGUUAUUUCAUUUCUUACUGAGAAACUCUCUGACCUAGCACUGCCAAGAUGCCGCGAAUUAUGAUAAAGGGAGGGGUGUGGAGGAACACCGAGGAUGAAAUUCUCAAGGCAGCUGUUAUGAAAUAUGGGAAGAACCAAUGGUCACGUAUUGCCUCCUUGCUCCAUAGAAAGUCUGCUAAGCAGUGCAAAGCUCGGUGGUAUGAAUGGCUGGAUCCCAGCAUCAAAAAGACAGAAUGGUCACGAGAAGAAGAAGAAAAACUGCUACAUUUGGCUAAGCUAAUGCCAACACAAUGGAGGACAAUCGCACCUAUCAUAGGCAGAACAGCUGCUCAGUGUCUGGAGCAUUAUGAAUUCUUAUUAGAUAAGGCUGCACAGAGAGACAAUGAAGAAGAGGCGGCAGAUGAUCCUCGCAAGCUUAAACCUGGGGAAAUUGACCCCAAUCCAGAAACAAAACCAGCCAGACCUGAUCCUGUUGACAUGGAUGAAGAUGAGCUUGAGAUGCUUUCUGAGGCCAGAGCUCGUCUUGCCAAUACACAGGGAAAAAAGGCAAAAAGAAAAGCUCGAGAGAAACAGCUUGAAGAAGCAAGGCGACUUGCAGCACUUCAGAAGAGGAGAGAGCUCCGAGCUGCUGGGAUUGAAAUUCAGAAGAAAAGGAAAAAGAAACGAGGUGUGGAUUACAACGCAGAAAUACCAUUUGAGAAGAAGCCAGCACCUGGUUUCUAUGAUACUUCUGAGGAAAACUAUGAUGGUCUGAAUGCAGACUUUAGGAAACUUCGUCAACAAGACCUUGAUGGAGAACUUAGAUCUGAAAAAGAAGCAAAAGAACGUAAGAAAGACAAGCAAAACAUAAAAAGGAAAAAGGAAUCGGACCUUCCUUCAGCAAUUAUUCAGACAACUGGUGGUGUGUCUGAGCAUACUAAAAAGAGAAGCAAAUUAGUUCUUCCUUCCCCUCAGAUUUCAGAUGCAGAACUGGAAGAAGUGGUGAAGAUUGGCCAAGCAAGUGAAAUUGCACGUCAGACAGCAGAAGAAUCGGGAAUUACAAAUUCUGCUUCCAGCACAUUGCUUUCUGAAUACAAUGUCGCAAACAACAGCAUUGCACUGAGAACUCCCAAAACGCCAGCAGCUCAGGACCGUAUCCUGCAGGAAGCACAGAAUUUGAUGGCACUUACAAAUGUGGACACACCAUUAAAAGGAGGUCUGAAUACUCCACUUCAUGAAAGUGAUUUUUCUGGAGUAACACCCCAGCGACAAAUUGUUCAGACACCAAACACCGUGCUUUCCACGCCCUUUAGAACGCCUUCCCAGAGCUCUGAAGGAUUGACGCCUCAAGGAGGUAUGACGCCUAAGCCGGUUAUUGGAGCCACACCUGGAAGAACUCCGUUACGAGACAAGCUGAACAUCAAUCCAGAGGAUGGAUCAGUAGAUUACAAUGACCCAUCUUACAUAAAACAGCUGGAAAGAGAGGCUCGCGAGCAGUUGCGCCUUGGAUUGAUGGCUCUUCCAUCACCUAAAAAUGACUUUGAGAUUGUGCUGCCAGAAAAUGCUGAGCGAGAACUUGAAGAGCAAGACCAGGAUGACAACCUUGUAGAAGACGCUGCUGAUAUUGAAUCUCGCAAACAGGCAAUGAGAGAUGCCCAAAGAGCAAAGGAACUAAAACAAAGACAUGUUGCAGUUCAGAAAGGAUUACCACGCCCAACAGAAGUUAAUGAAACCAUUUUGAGGCCUGUAAAUGUUGAACCUCCACUCACAGAUUUGCAGAAAAGCGAAGAGAUGAUCAAGAAGGAGAUGAUAACAAUGUUGCAUUAUGACACUCUACACCAUCCUUAUGGUGAUAGUGCAGCGGUAAAGAAAGGGAAAGGACCUGGAUCAGGAUCGAGCAGCGCCGAUCAUAUUGCUUAUUUAGAGCAGAACCCUUAUGAAAAAAUUUCUACAGCCGAUAUAAAGAAUGCUGAAGAACUCUUACAGCAAGAAAUGGAAAUUGUAAAGCAAGGUAUGGGACAUGGUGACCUCUCAAUUGAUGCGUACAACCAGGUGUGGGAAGAGUGUUACAGCCAGGUAUUAUUUCUUCCUGGACAAGCGCGAUAUACCCGUGCCAAUCUCGCAAGCAAAAAGGAUAGGAUUGAAUCGCUUGAGAAAAGAUUAGAGGUAAAUAGAGGUCAUAUGACAGCAGAAGCCAAAAGAGCUGCAAAAAUGGAGAAGAAAAUGAAGAUUUUACUCGGUGGUUAUCAGUCACGGGCAAUGGGACUAAUAAAGCAACUGAAUGAAAUCUGGGAUCAGUAUGAGCAAGCCAACCUUGAACUGCGGACGUUCGAAGAGCUUAAGAAACAUGAAGAUAUUGCCAUCCCCAGAAGGAUUGAGUGUCUGAAAGAAGAUGUUCAGAGACAAGAAGAAAGAGAAAAAGAACUACAGCAGAGAUUUGCAGAGCUGAUGAUGGAGAAAGAGGGUUAUAUCUCAAAAUACUGAAACCAAAGGCCACAAAUAACUUUUGCAUGUGUACACCAUGCUGUCAUUGAGUAAAUCCAAAAUUGAGCCUUACUGUUUGCUGCUGUUUGUGUCUAACGUUCUAAGGGACUUCUAUUUUUGCUUUGUGCAGCACAAUAUGCAAUCAUGGUGUUUUAGCCUUCAUGUGCAACAAACAGUUUUCUGGUCUACAGAUUGUGACUAAAACUUGAUAUAUUUUUAUGUUGUGACAUUAAAUGAGCCAGCAUUUCAUGUUUGCUGAAAUAUAUACGACGGUGUGAAGAAAUGUUUUUAUGACCAUGUCAUUUUGCUGUAGGUAAGAAAAAGACUAAUUUUACUCACUGUAUAUUUGCUUUUUUACUGUUCUAGCAGAAUAAUUCAUUCUAUUUAAUUUAUACAUGGACUGCAUUGGGUUGUUCUUUAAUCUUAGAGGUGUACUUUGCCUGCAGAUUAUAGAUGUACAAUAAAACUAAAAUGCGAGGAAA